GAUAUUUGCUUGCCCAGCCCUCAUGAUGGCGAUCUGCUCUUCUUCGGUGUAUUUUUAGUUGCUUGGUAAAGCAAAGCGUGAAAAGAGGAAUACGAUAUUGUUGGUUACACCAGUUGGUUCUGCACUGCACGGUGUGUAAAGAAAGGAUAGGGCCGGAAACAGGAUUAGCCAACUGUGACAAGAAACGAUAUUUAUAUUGAAUAAAAUAUUUACAAGGAACCGCCUGUGCUGGAGGAAGAUCUUCUUUCAUUCAUUCAGUUUCAGUUUCAGUUUAAGUGUCAAUGUGUUUAUGUUCUGUCCAGUUCACAUUUAGUUUCCAUGUGGUUCUGAUCUGUCUAACAACCCAGAACUGAAUUAACACCGUCGUAGAAAGCCCACUCACGAGUCUCAUAAAGAACUGCGAAAGCUUAAUUGAGAGAGAAAGAGAGAGAGAGAGAACGAACAAUGACCAGCUACCCAGGCCAAGGCGUGCCGUCCUACUCAGGACAACCUCCACCGCAAGCUGGCUACCCACCCCAGGGAGGUGCACCGGGAUACCCCCCACAAGGAGGUGCACCAGGAUACCCCCCACAAGGAGGUGCACCAGGAUACCCCUCACAAGGAGGUGCACCAGGAUACCCACCCCAAGGAGGUGCACCAGGAUAUCCCCCACAAGGUGCACCAGGAUACCCCUCACAAGGAGGUGCACCAGGAUACCCCUCACAAGGUGCACCAGGAUACCCACCCCAAGGAGGUGCACCAGGAUACCCACCCCAAGGAGGUGCACCAGGAUACCCACCCCAAGGAGGUGCACCAGCAGGAGCUGUUCCAGCCUACAAAGGAGAGGUCCCGUCGCAAGAUGUGAGAGAUGACCCCAACAUGGCCGCCCCCCAGGCCUCGGCUCCUUCCCUUGACAUGAUGGAUCACUUGCCAGGUUAUGACAACAUUGGAUUUGAUGGAGUUUCUCUCCCACCUCCAUCAUAUGAGGAAUCACAGAGGGAGGCACCACAAAGAGACAAUAUUGAGAGUGUACCCACAAUCUCAGAGGAAGAGGCUCGUGAUGCGUUGAUUCAGUUUGUGUCAGAACAUUGUUGCUAUGGCAAAGGUCCUGCUGAGGAGAUGAAGUUCAAUGACCUCAAUUCAUCAAGUGCCUUCCAUUACACUCUGGAGACCUUUGGUGAGGGCCGCUCCACCAAAUGGGCUCGUGAGCCCUACAAAGGCCAGCCUGUGGUAGUGAAUGGACCACCUCCUGGACCCUGGGAUAUUCAGGCCCCGCCCCCGGCAAUGUUCAAGACAACUAAACUGGAUAUAGAGGUACCCAACACAGCCUCAGUGAAGCCUUGUCAUGCCUGUUUUGCCUCUGGAUUUCAACGUUGCUACCGAUGCCAUGGUAGAGGAAGGCUGUUUUGCACCUCUUGUAACGGGACAGGACGAGAACAUUAUUAUGAGCAAGGGGAGAGGCUGCACAGACAGUGUGUUUGGUGCAAUGGAUUUGGUAGAAAAACUUGCUACACCUGUAGUGGAUCGGGUCAGAUAACGUGCAGUGAGUGUAAGGGAAGAGCCAAUCUGCGUUGGUUUAUCUUGCUCACCAUAAAGUGGACAAAUCACGUAGAAGAUCACAUAGUGGAGAGGACAGCGCUGCCCGAUGAACUCAUCAGGGGCGUCUCCGGGCAGAUGGCCUUCGAGGAGACCCAGCCUCGGGUCUGGCCUAUCAACCACUUCCCAGAGCAAGAGAUCAACUCAGCUUCUAACAAUCUUGUCCACCAGCACAGCUCAAAAUUCCCAAGCGAAAGAAUGCUGAUGCAGCGUCAUCGAGUGAGAAUCGUUCCAGUCACCCAAGUAUUCUACAAAUACAAAGACGAUCAAGACUCUUUCUUUGUGUAUGGUUUCGAGCACAAAGUUCACGCUCCGGACUACCCAGCCCAGUGUUGCUGUGGCUGCAGCAUACUGUAGGGCAUAGAGGUUGUCAUCUAUCAACAGAGGGGGCACGUUAACCCUACCUGCUCCAAAUGUCGAUACAUCAGUGCUCUCCUUUACACUUUUUGCUAUGAACUGAUAAUUUGUGGUAUGAAAAAGUUUGAUAAAUUGGAUUAUCCCAUUGUCUUCAAGAACAUAGAGCUGUCAGAUGCUGCAUAACCCUCUUCAAAGAUGUUCUGCUCCUAAAUGGAAGAAAGUAGAGCAAAAGAGAUCAAGGGGAGAACCUGUGUGUUUAUGAGUGUAGUAUGGCAGGUGUGACUUGUUAAUUUAUUUUAAUAACAUCACUGAGUUUCCGUGCAGACACCACAACUGAAUCCAGCAGAACAUCGGUAGGACUAGUACUGGAACUGUUAACACUAAAUUGUAAGAUAUUUCGUAACAUAGAAAUUGCAGUGGUGUGAAAAUGUGGAACUCAUUGUGAAAGGUGCAAGGCUGUUGGUGUCAUGACAUGAUGGAAUCGGACGCUCGUCAGUUUUUGGGCACAUGGAGUAAUUGAUAAUAAUCUUGAAGCCCCUUCAUUUGCCUUGCUUUUGAUGAAAAACAUUCCUAUAAAUGUUGUAUAGAUGUUGAGAUAAAAUUGGUGUUCAGCCCAAAACAACAACAACAAAAAAGAUAAAAAUUGCCAAAAA